UCUAUCACAUGAGGAGUCAGAUUAAUUAGCAAGUUAGUUACACACUUUGCAGUUUUAGAAAAGUUUGUUAUACAGCUGUUAAUAGUUGUGAACGGUUAGUUAGCAGAUUUAGUUAAGGAAGUAUAUAUAGUAGAUAGAGUAAUUAGAGUUUUGAGUUUUUGCUCUUGUAAGUCUCAUUUUUUCUUGCCUCAGUCAGAAGUAACUUGCUUUUGACCUAGGGCUUCCUCUGUAAACUUUCCUCUGUUCUUGAACCUUCCCUCUCUCUGAACUAAUAUUUUCACAUGGUGCGGUGAGCGUGGAAGGGAGAAAGAAGGAAUCAACAGCGAAAAUUGGAAGGAGCAUUGAGCAGAACCAGAAUCCUUGAAGAUUCAAACCAUGGAUCGCGACUCAGCAUCCUCAGGCAACUCAGCAUCGUCAUUUUCGCCAAUUGACGUUCAAACGCUCGCGAAUCUGGUGAAUCAGAUCAAUAUCUUGCAAAGUCAUAACAGAACAGCGAUGAAUCCAUCUCUGGAUCCUACAAGUCCGUAUUUCCUUCAUCCUGGAGAAAGUCCAGGUACACCAUUAAUCUCUACAAUUCUUGGAACGAACAACUAUCAUCUUUGGGAAAGAGCGAUGUGGCGUGCGUUGAGAUCGAAGAACAAAGUAAAAUUCAUAGAUGGCUCAAUUGAGAAACCAGAAAGUAGUGAUUCUUUGUUUGAAGCGUGGGAAAGGUGCAAUACCUAUGUGAUUUCAUGGAUAAGCCUAUCUUUGAGUUCAGAAAUUGCUCAAAGUGUGCUAUGGAUCGAUUCAGCCAUGGAGCUUUGGAAGGAGCUACAACACAGGUAUCAACAAGGUGAUAUCUUCAGAAUUGCUGAGCUAGAAGAAGAGUUAUUCGCUGUGAAGCAAGGUGAUCUCUCGAUCACGGGAUACUACACGAAAUUGAAAAGAAUUUGGGAAGAAUUGGAUAACUAUCGCCCAAUCCCUCAGUGCUCUCACUGUAGAGGAAGAUGCAAUUGUGAAUACAGCGUGGUUAGAGGAUACAAAGAGGAUUCUUGUGUCGUGAGGCUCCUAAGGGGGCUGAAUGAACAAUUCUCCACUGCGAGAUCGCAGCUCAUGAUGACAAAGCCACUGCCAGGUAUAGAUGAAGCGUUUUCUUUGUUGCUGCAACAAGAAAGGCAACUGAACGCGGGUGAGAUGGUAGAAGACAGAAUUUUAAUGGCAAAUUCUGGAGGUUUUAGAGGAAGAGGCAGAGGCAGAUCAGGAAUUGGAAGAGGAAAUCCUGGAAGAGGUGGAAGAAACUCAAGGUACUGCACAUUCUGUGGCAAGAAUGGUCAUUUGGUGGAUGUUUGUUAUAGGAAACAUGGAUUUCCCCCACACUUGAAAAAUGGAGGCAGUGUGAAUGCAAUCAAUAAUGUGAUAACUGAUGAGAACAGUGAUGAAAUCAGCAAUGAAAUCCAAAAGGAUAGUGAAGCAAAUUCGAAGUUUGAUUUUAAUUCAGAACAGAGAGAAGCACCAAGUGUCUGUUUGAACCAACAGGAUGCACAACCAAGGCAUAGCAUUAACCAGAUCUAUACCACAACUCUUCCAUCUAAUGAAGGACAAAGCUACCAUGAAGAUUAUUGGUGUAGCUGAACAAAGAAUGGGACUUUAUGCAUUUGAAAGUCUAAUUCCUGUUCCAGCUACACAUAACAACAUUGCGCAUGCAUCUGCACUCACAACACACAUCUCACAACCCUCACAAACUGCUGAAAGCACUCUGUGGCAUCUCAGACUUGGGCACCUGCCAAAUGAGAGAAUAAAUGUAAUGAAAAGGGACUAUGAGUUCCUGAAAAACACAAAUUGCAAUAAACCUUGUGAUCCGUGUCACUAUGCCAAACAAAAAAGAUUACCAUUUCCAAUAAGACUUACAAAAUCAGAAAAAUUGUUUGACAUAGUGCACAUGGAUAUACGGGGACCUAUAGGUACAGCAACUUUGUCAGGUCAUAGAUAUUUUU